AUGUCAAGCCUGGACGAAUUUGUAGCGCUCGAGGUUCCCUCGGUAAUUUUUAAGGAUGACUGUGGAUACUGUUUCGAGACCAUGUAUAACGAGAACGAAUCUCAAGGGCACCAUCUAGAUAUCUGUUUGAACUGUUUUCAGAGUUUCUGUGGGCGCCACAAGAGUUUGCAUGCCAAGACCGCACUCCAAGAGCUCAAUGCACAUCACGACCGAUGGCUGCGUGUCCAGAAGAUCAAAAGACCAGAAGUUGAAGGGCGCAGCGAAAAGAAAUUGAAGCUUGAAGUGAUAGAAAAAUCUGAUGAGGAGUUGUACGAAUCACGCUGGUGGCUGCUGAAAGGCUCUGAUGAGUUGACCAACUGGAAUUCGUGCCAAACAACAUCAGAUGUAGCGAAGAAGGCCAAACAAAUUCUAGAUGCACGCUCCAGCUCAUUUGCACAAGCGUCUCAGAGCUGGCAACUCGAAGUCAAGCCCUGUGCACAUGUACGCGAUUUUCAACUGCCUACCAAGGAAGCACCACCAAAAUCAGAGCAGGCAUGUGAAGAGUGCGAUCUAGCCAGCAAUCUCUGGCUCUGUCUGCAUUGUGGUAAGUUGGGUUGUGGGAGACAGCAAGUCGGCAUCGAUGGUAACUCUCAUGCAUUAGCGCAUUUCCAGGAACAUGGAAGCCAUCCUUUGGCGGUCAAAUUGGGCUCUUUGAGCAAUUCAUCGGCGGAUAUAUAUUGUUACAGUUGCGAUGACGAGGUCAAGUUCGACAAUUUCGAACAAUGGGCCACGAUUCUGAGUCAUUGGGGCAUUGAUCUCUCAAACAAAACGGCACAAGAGAAAACUUUGAUCGAAAUGCAGGUUGAGCAAAACAUGAACUGGGAUUUCCAAAUGGUUGACUCGCAAGGCCACGAAUUGCGCCAUUUACCAAGUUCAAAGAUUUACGGAUGUGGUCUUUUAAAUUUGGGAAACUCCUGCUACAUGAAUUCUGUGCUACAAGCAGUGUUUAAUGGGGGACUCACAGGUUGGUCCUUGGAUGUCCUGGCUGAUUUUCCCCAUACUGUCGUGUAUCCAUCGAGCAACUUGCAAUGUCAAUUGAUCAAACUUCGAAAUGCAAUGAAAUACGAACCUGAACGCUACCCGAAUGGCAUCAAACCAACGUCGCUCAAGAGUACCGUAGGAGGAUCGCAUGAAGAAUUUUCUUCGCAAAGACAGCAAGAUGCCAUGGAAUUCUUGACCUUUUUCGUUGAUCAAUUAGACAACAAGAUUUUUAAAAGCAUGAAAACCAAUCCCAACGAUCGAAUCCGAUUUUCACUUGAGGAUCGCAUUCAAUGUACACGCUGUGGCGGCGUCAAGUACACUGCACAAGUGUCUGAAUUCCUUCAAUUGCCCAUGUUUGAAACCGAGGAGCCUCUUCAAUUUGAACAACUGAUUGAAAAGCAUUUUGAAUCAGAGAUUGUCGAAUUUAGAUGUCCUAAGUGUUCUGAAUUGACUACUGUUGAAAAAUGCUCUCGGUUUGAAACCUUCCCCGAUACUUUGAUUAUCAAUCCGUCUAGAAUCAAACUUGAAAACUGGAUUCCAAUUAAAACCAAUCAAGAAUUAAUCAUACCGGGGCUUGAAUUGGAAGAUGGGAAUUACUUGGAAAUGAGUAAUUACAAAGCAUCAAAAAAAGGUAGAGACAGAGAAUUCCUGUUACCGGAGGACAAAGAUACUGGGUUCCGCCCAAAGGAGGACUACGUAAACCAGCUUCUCGAGAUGGGAUUUACUAAGAACGCUGCCACUAGAGCUCUUUUUUCGACGGGUAACGACAGCACUGAAGCCGCAAUGAAUUGGCUUUUUCAGCACAUAGAGGAUUCCGAUGUGAACGAACCUUUUAUCGUCCCGGCCAAUGCUCCCGAAGUUGACCCCAAUGCUCUUGAAUCUUUGUUGUCAAUGGGGCUGGAUCGAAAUGUGUCACGUAAGGCUUUGAUUCUUAACAAGGGAGAUAUCAACGCAAGUGUCGAAUGGGUUUUCAGUCAUCCGGAUGACGAUGGCGUGUUAGAAAAUCCCAGGGAAGCAUGUGUUGAUGUGAAAAGCUACGGUUCACCCGAUGCAUCGUCCGCCAAAUAUCAAUUGAAAGCUAUCGUUUGUCAUAAAGGGAACUCUGUACAAUCGGGCCAUUACGUCGCUUUCAUAAAGAAACCUAUCGAUGGUACCGAGUCUUGGGUACUCUACAACGACGAGAAGAUAGUUGCAGCGUCAGAUACCAAAAACUAUGAAGAAAUGCGAAAGAAUGGUUACAUUUAUUUUUUCUCCAAAGCAGUGUAA